AUGAAACAAACAUCAGAGACAAAAGAAGACGCAGGAGUCGAUGAUUUGCUAGAGGAAUUUGAUGAAAAGGCAAAAAUAUCGUCCCAAAUGGAAGACGAAGAUGAGGACAGACUUGUGGAAGACAAGGACGACGAUGAAAGCAAAGAGAAAGAUGAUUUCAAAGACAAAAUUCCUGAGGUCUCCACGCCCAUUCACCACACGGAAGAGAUGGAUCAUAUAUUCAACCAAUUUAAUGACAAAACACCCACCGCGCCCACAUCCAACACAACAACAACCGACGUGAGACGUCCCUCACUGAACUCGAGCGAAAUGCAGAUCGUACCUGAUACCCCUCCUCAACAAGAGAUACCCUUUGACUUUAACCGAUUUUUGGAGCAGAUGAGAAGUCGAAACGCAAAGCCUAUUACUCGCUAUUUUAAGAGUUUUUUGCAGGCAUUUGAUCGCAGACCAUGGACAGUGAAUGAGCAAAUCAAAAUUAUCCAAGACUUUCUUGAUUUUAUCUUUGUGAAAAUGAGAGAAUGCGAUGUGUGGAGAGACAUGUCUGAGCAAGAGUUUGGAAAUGCAAAGGAAGGAAUGGAGAAGUUGGUCAUGAAUCGAUUAUACCAUGUAACAUUCUGCCCAACGACAAUGGACGACAAGGAGAGAGACGAGAUAUUGCACCAGAAGAUCAGCAUCUUUCGAUGGAUCCGCGAAAAGCACUUGGAUAUACCAGAAACUGAGCAUAACGAAUCGUUUUUAUCGUUUGCCGAAUCAGAAAUACUGAAGAUUAAUAACUACAAAGCACCAAGAGAUAAGCUCAUUUGUAUUUUAAAUUGCUGUAAAGUGAUCUUUGGUAUGUAUUUAUCCGACAAGGCCGUGGGCCGUGCUCUCAUUGAAUUCAAUCUAGGUUUAAUCAAGCAUGUGGAGGGGGAUGCAGGUGCAGAUAAAUUCUUGCCAAUCUUGAUCUACGUCGUCAUUAGAGCGAAUCCACCGAAAUUGGUCUCGAAUGUUCAAUACAUUUAUCGUUUUAGAAAUCCAGAGCAAUUGCAAGCGGAAGCAGGAUAUUACCUGACCAACUUGAUGGGCGCCAUUUCUUUUAUUGAAACCAUGGAGGCAAAAUCAUUGUCGAUCACUAAGGAGGAUUUCGACAGUAAUAUUGAACGCACAAUGACCGAGUUGCAGCACGAGCGUCCUUCUGUCGCAUUGGAUAGACAGCAGAUCAGCUAUGAGAAUGCCUUGCAUCCAUCACGCUCAUCAUCCGCACGAUCUCAAGCACAGCCACUAUUAGAUCCCGCAAAAGCAGCUGCCUUGUUGGAGAGAGGAAGUCAAUUUGCACAAAAAACCAUGCAAAAACCAAUCAGUUUUGUGGGCAAGAUAUUUCAGGGAUUGAGUGACACCUCUGCAACAAGUAGUAGAACUGUAAGUCCAGAUGAAGAAGAACGGUAUCAUCAGCAACAGCAGCAGUUUUAUCAGCAGCAGCAAUACUACUACCAACAACAACAGCAGCAGCAGCAACAACAACAACAACAACAACAACUGACAGACCAACAGCAACAGCCUCCUUUACCUCCUAGACCGCAUCCGGAUCAGAUAGUGAUGCAACAAAGACAGCAGUUUGACGCACACUUGGAGACACUAAAGAGCAUGUUCCCCAAUGUGGACAGCAGUGUAUGUUAUCUCAUUUUGCAUGCCAAUGGAGGGGAUUUGUCUAAAUCCAUUGACCAUUUACUAGACAUUUCUGGGGACGACCAGGGCAGCAAUGCAAUAACAAAUGACACACCCUACACAGCUCAGAGUACACCCGCAGACACUUUUGCUAAUAUCCAACCCACACCAACUGGCGUGCCAUCCAACGAUACACAUUAA